AUGGCAACCUGCCUGAGCACCAAUUCAAAUUCGGGCUGUUCCACUUCUGACCAGCUUCCUGCUAAUGUGUCAAGGAAAGCAGAUGGCCCGAGUGCUUUGGCCUCCAUACCCACAGGAGAGAAGCAGAACAAGUUCCUGGCUCUUGGCUUCAGACUGGCUCAGUUCUGUGGGUGUGGGUGCUGGCAUAGCUAUCUAUAUCAGCCUCUUUCAAAUGGACUUUACUACUAUUAUGUCAUGGAAUUGGCCUUCUAUUGGUCUCUUAUGUUCUCUCAAUUUAUAGACAUUAAAAGAAAGGACUUCCUGCUUAUGUUUGUGCAUCAUCUGGCCACUAUUGGGCUUUUCACCUUCUCCUAUAUCAACAACAUGGUCCGGGUGGGAACUCUGGUCAUGUGUCUGCAUGAUGCCUCAGACUUCUUGAUGGAGCCAGCUAAGCUGGCAAAUUAUGCCAAGUAUCAGUGGCUGUGUGACACCCUCUUCGUGAUCUUUGGUGCUGUUUUUGUGGUCACUCGUCUAGCAAUCUAUCCAGUCUGGAUUCUGAACACGACCCUCUUUGAGAGUUGGGAGAUGUUCGGGCCCUAUCCUUCCUGGUGGCUCUUCAAUGGCCUUCUCCUGGUCCUACAGGUUCUGCAUAUCGUCUGGUCCUACCUAAUUGCACGAAUUGCUUUCAAAGCCUUUAUCCGAGGAAAGGUGUCCAAGGAUGACCACAGUGACGUGGAGAGCAGCUCCGAAGAGGAGGACGUGACCACACGCACAAAGGGCCCCUGUGGCAGCAGCUCCAGCAACGGGGCCAACUGUGUGAGCAGUCACAUGGGAGGCAGCCACUGGGCUGAAGAGUAAAGUGGCUGGUAUGGGUGCUCGAGCACACGUGGACUAGGUAGGCCACCAGCAGCCCACACUGUUGGGGCCUCCCCACAUCUGCACUCCUGUGGGACUGCAAGGCACUGAGGAGAAUCAAACAAGCAAAUAUUUUCACUUUUUUUUUUAAAUGACUGCCAUUUUGUAUUUAAUAGCCUUCAGGUCCUUAAAUAAUGUUAUUUGCUCUGUGUGUGUGUGUGUGAGUGUGUGUGCGUGUGUGUGUGUGAGAGAGAGAGAGAGAGAUCAUCUGAGUUGACACAGUUUGGGACUGGGGCCACUAGGCCUUACCUGGUCUUCUCUGACCACCUCUGAAAUUGCGCUGGCCCGGGACUGUCCCCCUCACUGCCCUGGGCUCUUGAGAGCCUCUGGACUGCCAGAAUGGAGCCGUCAAGUUCAGUCCCAGGUUUCUGCACUGUUCUUCUCUUGGAGCUGGAAUCUCUUGCAUUGAUGAAGUUGUGUAGAAACAGAGAGCCAUGGGUGGACAGCCAGGACUGCUGUAGCCUCCAGCCAGAUCCCCUUCCUACCACCUGAUGCUGACAGGGACGGCCACCAGCUCCCUGCUCUUUGCUCAACGGUACGCAGGGAGGGGUGGAGAGGGGAGCUGAGGGCUGCGGGACAGCAGCCGUCGGAGGAGCCGCUCUUGGU